AUGACUUCGAAGCAGUAUUGUUAUAUCGUCCAGCUUCCAGCUAAUACUAGUUACAGCAGGAAACCACACGCGGUGGCAGCAGCAAGAGUGAUAAUCCACGCCUACUCCUCUCAAGUCCCACUUAUUCCUCCUCGAGCCCUCUCAAAACCACGCCUACUACUUCUCUCAAGUUCUGCUUACUCCUCGAGACACCCUACUCUCCUCUCAAAGUCCUUCCUCCUCGAAGCCAACCACGCCUACUACUCCUCUCAAGUCCCACCUACCCUCGAGCACACCUACUACUCCUCUCAAGUCCCACCUACUCCUCGAGAGACGCACGCCCUACCACAUCUACCACUCAAACCAGGGCGUGGUAGACAACGAGUGAACCACAACACCACAAGUGACCCAGAAACAACAAACACACAAGUGACCCAGAACCACAACACUCCACAAGUGAACCCAGAACCACCACACACCACAAGUGACCCAGAACCACAACAGCCCCAAAGUGACCCAGACCCAGAACACAACACCCCACAAGUGACCAGAACCACAACACCCACAAGUACCCAGACACCACCACACUCACACAAGUCACAAGUGACCCAGAACCACAACACCCACAAACAAGUGACAACACCACAACAGAGACCCAGAGUGACCCAGAACCACAAACCCACAAGUGACCCAGAACCACAAACACCCACAGUGACCCAAACCACAACACCCACAAGUGACCACAGAACCACAACACCCACAAGUGACCCAGAACCCACAACACCCACAAGUGACCCAGAACCACAACACCACAAGUGA